AGUGUGAAAUACGUUUGCAGGGCUUGGUACAUUUGUCAAAGCCAGCCUGGGCUCUUGGCUGCCAGCCCAACUUUGCUUUUAGUAAUCAAAGCAUGAUCGCAUAGUCCAUGCAGCCUCCGCUGUGAAAGCCUGCUGAUGUCUCUCCCGGCUAGCUCUCAUUUGGAAGAAGCCAAGUCUGCGUCGCUGACAUCCAAAAUGCACAGAGCUAGCAUGUCCUCCGACAUCAUGUUAAAAAAAAAAGAACAGAAGGAUGCAGAACUGGACAGGAAGAUUGAAGCUCUACGGAAAAAAAAAUGAAGCUCUAAUGAAAAGAUACCAAGAGGUGGAAGAGGACAGGCGCAAGGCUGAACAGGAGGGCAUGGCUUUCCCUCCGCGAAAGAAUAAAGCUGAGGACUUAACAAUAACAAUAAAGAAGUCUCCUAAUGAGAUGCGCAUUGUUACUGCAAAGCCAGCAACUGAAUUUCCUUCGCACGACAUGAAGGAUGAAAAAGAGCUCACUGGAAGGAGGAAAAAGCAGCAAGUUCUUGUGCAAAUGACUUAUAAAACAAGGAAUAAAAAAAUGCCAGGGACAGGCAUUUUGAAAAAUGUUAAUGGUGAAGAAGAGCACAGUGCACCUGAGAUAAAAGGAAAGCCUGUCCUUGUCACAAAGACAUUGAAUUAUAAGUCGAAGGAUGCAGGGAGACAGGCACUGAAAAACCCAGCCAACUUGUUAGUGCCAACAUCCGGACAAGAAGAAAUGGAAUAUAUUCGCUGGAAGCAAGAACGGGAAGAGAUUGAUAGAGAAAGAGUAGCAAGACACAAGAAUGCCAGAGGUGAAUGGCGGAGAGCUUGGGAUCUAGACAAAACUGAAAACAUGUUUGAAGAGAAAGAUGUAGACGAUGCCAACCUUGAAAACCUAACUAAAGGACGGAGUGCACGAAAAGCAAGUGUGCGAUUUUCUACUUCUAAAGGAAAAGGUGUCUCUCAGCAUUGUGAGGAUAAAAGUUGUCGAACUGUGCCAACUGUGAGCAGUAAAGCUACAGGAAAAGACAGGUUAACCGGCAGAGCAAGAAGAUGGGAUGCUAGAACAGAAGAGGAGUUUUUGGAGAUAAAAGGAAGGCCUGACAUAUAUGAAGAGGAAAGCUCUGUUGAAGAUCCAGAAAUGUGCAAAAAUCUCCAGGGCUACCACCUUGAUACUGAGUUUAAAAAUAAGAAAAAUCCAAAAGUAAAAUCUGCAAAGCUGCUGAAAGUAACAGUUGCCAAUGAUAAAACACUUGAAGGCAGAUCAAUUGAGAUAGCAGAAGAUCCCAGAGAGGAAUCUUACCAACAUGUAUCUUGCAGAGGCUCUGAGUCAGCAGAUGUCCAUGUGUGCUACGAGGAGCAGGAGUAUGCCAAAUGUGAUGAACAGGCAGAUUCCAAAGUGGAAACAGAGAAGACAUUUUCACAUGAAACUCAUGCCAGUCUUCCCCAAAAUGAUGAUGUAUGGGACUUGCCAAAUGUUGAAUCACAAAGCAAUGGUGAUGAUUUAAAUGAUACUGAUGAAAUGGUGGACCUACAGACUGAGACAGACCCUGUUAUAGAUAGCAGUGCUGCUCAUGUAGCACACUGUCUUCCUCAGCAGAAUGAGGUCACACUUGAGCAUAAGUGCAAAAAUGAUUCGGUCAGAAUCGCAGAGACAAAUCAAGCAGAAAUCAAGACUUGUGACUUAAAAGAAGAUCUGACAGAGCAUAGCCCAGUCUUGAGCUAUCCAGAAAAGCUGUCAGCUGAGGAAGGAAAGAUGAACAGGGAUCUGAAACUUUCAGAAGAGAUUAUUGAUUCAAGUUGCUCCUUGAUCAAGCCUGACUCUGGAGAUGCAUGAAUUGUCUUUCACACCUGCGGUGUCAAGGUAUGAAUGAAAUUAAGGAAAAGACAAGCUGACAACCUUAUACAAGCCACAUUUGGAAACUGUUUAUUUGCCUUACAAAUUUUUGCUUGUAGAGCUGUAUGCUAGAUUUGGCCAUGAAAACAGAAAUAUUCUGAGAGCACAUGCCCUGAUUGAUUCCCUGAGAGCAGCACAUGCACUGGAAAGAAAAAGAUGAAUUUAAUUUCCCCAGCAGCAGGGAAGGUGGUGGUGGGGCUGCUAACAGACUGUGUUGGCGCAUCAGCAACUCAUUACAUAAGUAGUCUUCCAUUUCUAAAAAUGAGACUGUCAUGCUUGUAUCAUAAUUAAGACUAAUCUUGCAGGCUUACAGGUGCUUUAUGCUGACAUUCAUAGUGUAUGCUUUGCAGCAAAUAUAUAUACUGUAGAUUCAUCAUGGAGAGGUUGAGAAUGAAAACAUUGCUGACAUAAUUGAUGUAAAAAAUAAAAGUAGUUUAAUUAGCAGCAAUAUUUACAUAGCAAUAAAAGUUUCCCGGUGACUGUCAAAUUGAGUAUUGCUUAGUCAGUCACAUUAACAUUUCCAUUAAAAGAUGCAAAAAGACUGUGCUGGUUUUUUACUGUUUAUGUAAGAAAUGUGUUCAUUUCUUUGAUUUUAUCCACUUGAGGAAAAUUACGACUGUCAUUAGAUCAAAAAUAUUGAUAAUUGUGAGACGCAUAACAAAUAUUGUAUGUCAAACUUCAUCCAAAAUUAGGCUUUGUAAU